AUGAUAUCAUAUGCGCUGAAGAAUCACAAAAUGGAUUCAAUUGAGUACUGGACGCAAGACAUGAGUGUCUCGUGGGAUGAGUUGUGUCCACCACUGAAGGCACUGGAGGCCAGAGUGUCGCUCAUUGUCUCAAACUAUGCCAUCCAUUGGAUCGACGAUAAGAACCAAUUGGUGUCCGUAAUGCACCGAUUAUUGACUGAGCAAGGUGGUCUCAUCGUAGCGCGAUUUCUAACUAUGCCUCAUUUGAACGCAUUUCUAACGGAUACCCAAAUGACUGAAUACAAUACACGGGGAAAGACAUUCUCGACGGAACAACAUCUGAAUAUAUGGCGGACAAUAUGUGAGGGACUGGGACUGGAGGCUAAGCUGUUAGUGAUUAGGGAUGCAAAGUGGGUGUAUGGGAGACAAAAUAUGAUUGGUUUCUGCGCUAUAAUAGCAUCACAUUCUCGCAAAGUGUUUGGCACAAGUGGUCCGAAACUGGAGUUCAUAACUGGCGUGACGUACGACCGCUUCAUCCGUCCCGACGCCCAUCGACUCAACCCUAACGCUUGGACUCAAUUCCUGGACAACCACUCCAUACAAGAAAUAGAUGCGUUAACCGUUGAACACUUGACUAUCGGUGCUCUAAAACGGCUGUCCCAUAGCAUAGCUGUGGCCCUAAUUAACAGAGGGGUCACCAAAAGCGAUCGACUCGUAUAUUCGGGACAAAACUCUAUACAACACAUUGUCCUGCGGUUUGUGGCGAUAUUUCUGGGUCUUCCCAUAUGUCCGUUAAGUCCCACAUUCGAGGCCUACGAAGUGGAACAGGAGGUCACCUCCAUGUCGGCCACAGUUGUCCUAACUCAACAGCAAAACCUACCAAAAUUCAAACGUGUUUUCCAGUCAAACAACAAUAAUAUAAAACUUGUGGUUAUAUUCAACGCAACACGUGAUACACAAGUGUCUGAACAGCACGUGACAUACGAACAGCUCGUGGAUGAGGGCAGGGAUCAGACCCUGAAGACUAUACCGUACUUUCCUGUUGACCUUAAUGUGGACCCAUUCCUGCUGAUACAUACAUCUGGGAGCACCGGUAGCCCAAAAUGUGUCAUAUUGAAGCAUGCAUCAAUCUUGAGAUUCUACAGUGAGCUAGGUCACGCAUUUCAUGAAGAAUUUAAUGACAGCCCUCAAGUGGUAUCGGUGCUCAACCCAUUAGGUCACAUAAGUGGAUCACAAAUGAUACCUAGUCUACUUUGUCUGGGCGUUAAACAAGUAAUAUAUAGCGAGUUCACGGUUGACCUACAGUUCCGGUCGGUGGAGAGGUAUGGGGUAACCAUUCUCAUCAUAUACCCCUCAAUAGGGGAUAAGCUAAUUGAGGGGGAAUUGUGUGAUAAAUACGACCUGUCUACUUUAAAAGUAUUGUUGACAGGUGGUGGAUAUUUCCCGGCACAUAUCGCACGAGCUAUUAUUGACAAGUACCAUGUUAGUUUUUGUGAAAAAAUAUUUAACAUUGGUUUAGCCAGAGCACAGACCUAUAUCCCGGGGAGUUUGGGUCCCAUAUCCCCGGGCACUGAGGUAAAGGUCGUUGAUUUGAGUACAGGCGCUACACUGGGACCCAACACGGAUGGGGAGGUAUGUGUUCGGGGAAACAAACUGUUUGCCGGAUAUCUGAACAACGAAAAGGCUUAUCGGGAGGCAGUGGACGGGGAGGGCUGGUAUCGCACGGGAGAUAUCGGACACUACGACGAGAGGGAGAAUAUAUUCAUUACGGAU